GUAAAACACAACCAUUUUUCAGACACCCGGAUAGGAUUUCUCCUGAAAAAAAUCUCUUCCAUUUUCAAGUCUCGUCUUCUCAGUCUUCUCCUCUACAAGUCCCAAAUAUACAUUCACACACCGCUGUAUAUUCUACACGAGAUACGAACAUCUCUAUUCUCAUCUCAUUUCUUUUUCCAGAUCUUCCCCAAUUCCAUAUCCAAAUUUCUCCAAACCCUAAACCCAAACCGAUUCACAAAUUCCUCGGAUUUCAUCAACUUCACUCUAGAUUGAUCCGAGGCGCCUCAAAUUGUGUGAUCAUCCUCAAAGCUGGAGCAGCUAAAGACGAUCGGCCGGGAGCUCGCCAUGGGCUCCCAGGGCGGAUUUGGGCAGUCCAAAGAGUUCCUCGACCUCAUUAAAUCCAUUGGCGAGUCACGAUCCAAGGCCGAGGAGGACCGCAUUGUGGUGCGCGAAAUCGAGACCUUGAAAUCCCGGUUGUCCGAUCCCAACACCCCGAAAUUCAAGCUGAAGGAGUAUUUAAUCCGCCUACUUUAUGUCGAGAUGCUUGGUCACGAUGCCUCUUUCGGGUACAUCCAUGCCGUCAAGAUGACGCACGACGAUAAUCUCCUGCUGAAGAGGACUGGGUACCUGGCUGUGACUUUGUUCCUGAACGAGGAUCACGAUUUGAUUAUCUUGAUCGUGAACACGAUACAGAAGGACUUGAAGAGUGACAACUAUCUGGUUGUUUGUGCCGCCUUGAAUGCGGUGUGCCGAUUGAUCAACGAGGAGACUAUUCCGGCGGUACUGCCUCAGGUUGUGGAGCUGUUGGGGCAUCAGAAGGAGACGGUGAGGAAGAAAGCGGUGAUGGCACUUCACCGUUUCUUUCAGAGGGCUCCUGGGUCGGUUUCUCAUCUUAUUUCCAAUUUCCGCAAGUUGGAUGUGAAGCAACUUCGCUUGGAUUGCUUAGAUGUGGUCAUGAUGAGGCUCUGUGACAAUGAUCCUGGUGUUAUGGGUGCAACGCUUUGCCCUCUUUUUGAUCUUAUCGCAAUUGAUACGGACAAGUAUAAGGAUUUGGUUGUUAGUUUCGUCAACAUUCUUAAACAAGUAGCUGAACGGAGACUACCAAAGAGUUAUGACUAUCAUCAAAUGCCUGCUCCUUUCAUUCAGAUCAAAUUGUUGAAAAUUCUGGCCCUUCUAGGAAGUGGGGACAAAAAGGCCAGUGAACAAAUGUACACAAUUGUUGGUGACAUUAUGAGAAAAUGUGACUCAACAACGAAUAUUGGUAAUGCCAUUCUUUAUGAGUGUGUUUGCUGUGUUUCAUCCUUACACCCUAACCCGAAGUUGCUAGAAGCUGCUGCUGACGCCAUUGCAAAAUUUUUGAAGAGUGACAGCCACAAUCUGAAAUAUCUUGGUAUUGAUGCUCUUGGUAGACUGAUAAAGAUAAGCCCAGAAAUAGCGGAACAACAUCAACUGGCUGUUAUUGAUUGCUUAGAGGAUCCAGAUGACACCCUGAAGCGCAAAACAUUUGAAUUACUGUAUAAAAUGACCAAAUCAUCAAAUGUAGAAGUAAUUGUGGAACGUAUGAUUGAGUACAUGAUAAGCAUCAGUGAUAAUCACUAUAAAACUGAAAUAGCAUCCAGAUGUGUCGAGCUUGCCGAACAAUUUGCUCCAAGCAACCAAUGGUUUAUACAGACCAUGAAUAAAGUAUUUGAGCACGCAGGGGACCUGGUCAAUGCCAAAGUUGCACAUAACUUGAUGCGAUUGAUUGCUGAGGGAUUUGGGGAGGAUGAUGAUACUGCAGAUAGUCAGCUUAGAUCAUCAGCUAAGAAUCAGUGCAAUGCAAAUCCUACUGUUUUUAUAAAAGAAAUGCAGAAAAACAUGUGCAUUGCUGCUUGGGGGUUAGGACAUAAGUCUAAAGACGUGUUCUCCCUUUAUGCUUGGAAGCUCGGGAGACUUGAGAAUAUGCGAGUGGAGUCUUAUCUUCGAAUUAUGGGGGAACCAAAACUUCCAUCUGCUUUCCUUCAAGUGAUCUGUUGGGUUUUGGGAGAAUAUGGGACUACUGCUGAUGGGAAGUAUUCUGCCUCGUAUAUCACUGGGAAGUUGUGUGAUGUGGCAGAGGCACAUCCAGAAGAUGACACAGUGAAAGCGUAUGCAGUUACAGCACUUAUGAAGAUAUAUUCAUUUGAAAUAGCUGCUGGGAGAACAGUGGAUAUACUGCCUGAGUGCCAAUCCUUGAUUGAAGAAAUGUUAGCAUCUCAUUCGACUGACCUUCAGCAGCGUGCCUAUGAACUCCAAGCUAUCCUUAGCUUAGAUGUUCAUGCUGUUGCGAAAAUAAUGCCAAGGGAUUCCACUUGUGAUGAUGUUGAGAUCGACAAGAAUCUCUCUUUUCUCGAUGCCUACAUCCAAAAGUCACUCGAAAACGGUGCCCAGCCGUACAUCCCGGAAACCGAGCGCCAAGGAACAUCGAGCAUCAACAAUUUCAAGCUCCACGAAGAUCAUGAGCCGUCCACGCACCACGCCCUCAGGUUCGAGGCUUACGAGCUUCCCAAACCCUCAACACCCUCGAACAUCCCCCCUGUGCUGACAUCAUCGUCCGAUCUUGUCCCUGUUCCGGAGCUCUCAUACUCCCCAACUCAACCCGCAGCAUCCGAUGCAUCCCAGUCGGAGCUCAAGCUCCGGCUCGAUGGGGUCCAGAGGAAGUGGGGCCGCCCCACCUACAGCUCCUCCCCCUCCCCCGCACCCCCAUCCACUUCAAGUGCAGAUAAUGCGAGGAUUCAGAGCGAGUCAACUCAGCACGACUCGGCCAUCAACAAUUCAUCUUUCAGCAUCAAUAGCAGUUCGAAAAAGCAGCAAAAAGUGGAGAUAUCGCCCGAGAAGCAGAAGCUGGCGGCCUCGCUCUUUGGGGGCGAGUCGAGACGUCAGAAGGUCACCAAGCCUCAAAAUCGGGCUUCCGCUUCAGAAAAGUCCCGUCCUACUCCGCCCCCUGACUUGCUCGACUUGGGCGAGCCUUCUGUGGUUAGUAUUGGUGAGCCGUCUGUUGACCCUUUUAUGGAAUUGGAAGGUCUCGAUUUUAGCCAGGACGGAACAAACACUGUAGUUGGCUCGAAUGUGGAGUCGUCAUCCGAUUUUAUGUCUCUGUUUGCUGACAUGUCUGUGAAUGGUCUUGGGGGAGGGAGUAAUGGGGAGAAUACUGUGACGCAAUUGAAUAAGGGACCAAACUUGAAGGAGGCACUGGAGAAGGACGCCCUAGUGAGGCAAAUGGGGUUCACACCAUCAGGCCAGAACCCAAAUUUGUUCAAGGACUUGCUCGGCUAGUUUUGUUCUUUGCCUUGAGCGAACAAAAGGAACGUUGGUGUUUUCAGUCGUCUGAGACAUAUGGGCUGUGACCUGAGGACUGGAUUGAUUGGCAAAAGAAUGUGGAUGCAAAGUUUAAAGCUUGACUAGGGACGAACAUCGUGAACUGUGGUGUAUUUUGUAUUGGGUUGCUGAGAUAAUAUACUAUGUGUAUGUAGAAAUAGAGUGAGAGCUAGACAUUUUGAUUACUUCAAGUUCUCUUGAUCAGAUCGUGAAGCUUUGUUGUUCAGUUUUAUUUUAUUUUUUAUAUUUUGCGGAUUUCUGGAAGAUAGGAAGAGAUUUUUGGGUGAGGCAUGUUGCAUUUUGGACAUUUGUGUGUAUUUUCUCAUUUUUCUGUUAUUUACGUAUAUCGGAAUAAGGAGUUGGCGCUUUUCACGAUUGCCUUGU